GCCACCAUGCAGCUUCUCUCGGCGAUUGCGACCACGGCGGUACUGGCCGGCCAUGCUUAUGCCCUCAACUUCACCGGCGAUGUCGUGAACGGCGUCCCUGUGAUCCAGGGCCUCAACCUCGCCGACCUGCCCCCGCAGUCUGUCACAAAGUACUACAUGCGCGCGGGCGACCUCAAUGGCGGACACCCCGUCUACAUUCCCGUCAUGGUGGCCCGCGGAACCGCAGAGAGCGUGCACACGGGCAAGAAGCUGUCGGUGUCGGCUUCGAUCCACGGUGAUGAGCUGAACCCGGUUCGCGCGGUCCAGCGCAUCUUUGACAAGCUCCAGGAUCAGGUGGCGACGCUCAAUGGCACUGUUAUUGGUAUUCCUACAAUCAACCCAAUGGGAAUCUACAUGAGCCAGCGCAACUACUACACGGCUGCUGGAAGCGGAUCACUCAUCAAUGUCAACCGCAUCUUUCCUGGAACUUCGCCCAUGGCAGGCGGUAGUGGCCCGGAUAUCCUGGCAUACAACAUCUGGAACCAGAUCUGGGGCAACACGUCUAAUGUCGAUGUUGGAAUUGACCUUCACACCCCCAGCACAGGUGCAGAGACAUCACUCUGGUGCUACGCCGACUUCCGCCUUCCCUAUGUCGAGCGCCUCGCCAAGCUGCUGCAACCCGACACGCUGAAAAUCGAUGUCGGCGAGCCGGGCUCCAUUGAAACGACUUUCGUCGACUACGGCAUCCCGUCUCUCACCGUCGAAAUGGGCGAAGCCCGCGUAUGGAACACAAGUCUUAUCGACCGCGUAGUCGCCUACGUGGAUCGCGUCAUGAUCGAUCUGGCCAUGACGCCCAGCAACGCGACCGUCGAGCCCGACCUCAGCAACACAUACAUGAUCACCACGUUCCACGACACGUACACGCAGCACGGCGGCUUCGUCGAGAUGCUGGUUGCCGUCGACCAGCCCGUGUCAAAGGGCCAGCCCAUUGCCCACGUGCGCAAUCCCUUUGGCGAUAUCCUCGAGACGCUCGUCUCGCCCGAGGACGGCCGCAUGUUUUCUAUUCCCAGGGACCCUAGUGUCGAGCCUGGCGCGAGUGUCGGCGAGAUUGCGUAUAAUAGUACGGAUCCGGCGUGUGCGGAUGGCUGCAUUUUGUCUGGGCCUCAGCGGAGGAGAUAGAGUCGUGUAUGCUAUGCUAUUAUUUAAUUUUAA